CGAGGACCGACGACCCACCCAGUGUGCAAGUCUUGAAGUCUAUCAUCACACGGCCAUAUCUCCGUCCACUUUUUUACUUUCACUCGAUCUCAUCCCAUCCGUCGUCUAUAUCUCAGUGCGUCGUCUAGGCUAGCUCUAGCUCGACAUUAUAUAUAUUCCUCCAAUCUGGAUCCUUGGUCCGAUCCCAUGUCGUCUCCCGGUCCCGGCUCCGACGAUGGAGUCUCCGCCGCCGCCGCCGCCGUCGUCUGCUGCAUGUGCGGCGACCAUGGCCUGCCGCACGAGCUGUUCCGGUGCAACCUCUGCCGCCUUCGUACACAGCACAGAUACUGCAGCGACCUGUACCCGAGGGUGGCGGGGCCGUACCGGAGCUGCAACUGGUGCCUCAAGCAGGGCGGCGCCGCCGGAGGGGGCGACUCACGGUCACCGGCUAAGGCACCGGCGGCGGCGGCGGCUGGGACCAGAUCACGGAGGAUCAACGAUUCUCGUGGCGACGACGACGACCGCGAUAGUGACGAGAGCGCCCCCUGCUAUGGGUGCUCCAGGUCAGCGUUCUCGGCGGACCCCGGGAAGCCGAUCAAGAAGCCUAAUAAGAAGGGCGGCCGUGAAAGAGCGGUGCAGCGGCCGGAGGAGCCGGUGGUGACGACGACGGUGGUGCCUAAGAAAAGACGACGGGAGGUGCAGCCUGGGACGCCGCGGUUCAAGGCGAAGGUGCGGCGGUACAAGCUCCUCGCGGAGGUGACCUGCUAGUCGUUUGCUGGAGAGUAGAUACAUGGCUAUGCUGCCUAUUAUGCAAAUAAAAGGCCAGCGACGAUGGAGAACAAGCCGUCGUCUCGUCUGUGUUUAGUUAACUUGGUUACGUACCCACACAAUGAAUGGUGUUGAUGCAUAGACUGGGCAAUGGUAAUUUUUGUGUUCUAAUUAAGGCCGAGUAAAAAAAAAGGUGGACCCUUGUUAUUGUUGUACCCACAAUGGCUAUAGUAGAAGCUAGCACUGAGUGGGCCCAUUUUCUAAUAAAAAAAACACCAGCCAUGUGCAGGUUGUACA